AUGGCCCUGCCAACCUCCCUCGCCCCAAGCGAGGGACUUAACACCUUAAACCCACCCGACGCCCUCCUCCUAACCAUCCGCUUCUCCGCCUCAAUACCCGACCUCCCCCUCGACAUCCAAACCCCAACGCAAACAACAGGCGCCGGCCUAAAACAACUCAUAAGAGCCGAUCUCCCACAAAAUCUAUCAUCCCACAGACUCCGCCUCAUCUACGCUGGCCGCGGUUUAGACGACCAAACCGCGCUCUCGACAUCUCUCAAACUACCGCCUUCGCCAGCUCGCUCGCCACGCCCCGCAGAGGACUACUCAGAGCAACAGCAACAGCAACACGCUAGUAAUAAUCCCCGGGAUCUAAGCGGUAGUCGCAAUGCAAUCGACAAGGGCAAACAGGCCGUCCGUGAUUCUAGACCUAGAAUCUACAUCCACUGCUCGAUUGGAGAUAUUGCGCUUUCGGACUCCGAUCUCGAGGCUGAGGCUGCUAUUGCUUCGACAACUCUGUUGCAGAAACAGAAGGAUGAAUUGAUGAAACUCGGACCUAGACAUGGGUCUUCGCUAUUUCCUUCUACCGCACCGCCGACGACGACCACACCUGCCCCGCGCGGCUUCGACCGUCUCCUUUCAGCGGGAUUCACAGCUUCAGAAGUAACGGCUCUGCGAUCGCAAUUUCUGGCCGUGCAGUCCGUGACCAGGACGCCGGAUACGAUGCCUUCUGGCGAGGAGUUGCGGGAUUUAGAAGAUCGGUGGAUGGACGAGGGGAGUACGAGUGCCAAUCUUGGAGGUGGGGAUGGGGCUGGUGGUGGUGCUGCCGGGGGAGGGGGUGGAUUUGGUGGAGAUGAAGAUGGUGGGUUGGGGACUGGGUCUAGGAGUGCGUGGGAUGAUAUGCUUUGGGGCGCGGUUAUGGGGUUCUUUUGGCCGGUUGGUUGUGCGAUGUGGCUGAGGAGGGAGGAGGGGGUUUGGAGUUGGAGGAAGGGGGUUGCAGUCUUUGUGGGAGUGGUUAUGAAUGCGGCUUUUGGUGCGGCGAGGAUUAUGGGUUGA